AUGUCCUCUGAGCAACUCGUUCUCUUUGAUAUUCCAAGCAAAGAUGGUGGUGCUUGGUCACUCAACCCAUGGAAGACACGAUUUCUCUUAAACUUCAAGGGCAUCAACUACAAGACUGAAUGGCUCGAAUACCCCGACAUCAAGGCGACUCUGGAGUCUCACAUUUCCGCCAACCCAGCUACCGGAACAUGGACAAUCCCUACCGUCAAGUUCCCCGAUGGAACUUACAUCAUGGACUCGGCCAAGAUCCUCGAGCGAGUUGAGAAGGACUACCCUGAACCCUCUGUCCACAAGGACUCGCCUGUCCUCGCCAAGCUAUUCGAAAUCAUGCCAAAUAUCAUGGGCGCCCUGCGACCCAUCUACUUCACCCACGUCCCUAAGCAUAUUCUGAACGAGAACAGUGUCCCUUACUGGCAAGAGACCCGAUCCGAGGCGGCUGGAGAGCCUCUCGACGAGCUCUACAAGAGAGAUGGCGAAAAGGCCUGGGACAAAGCUAAGCCACAUGUGCAAGAUGUCGAGGCUCUCCUCAAGGAGAACUCUGAAGGACCGUUCUUCCUAGGAAAGACUCCCAGCUAUGCUGAUUUUGUCUGGGGCGGAUUCCUCAUCUUCAUGCAGCGCAACCAGAUUAUUGACGAGGUGUACAAGAUCAGUGGUGAUGCCCAACUUCACAAGAACGUCCUUGAGGCCCUCGCCCCUUGGCAUAAGAGGAACAACCACUGA